GCAGGCAGAGCAGAGUGGGACUGACUGAGAGGAGGACAGACGUGUGCACACCAGAGCUCUGCAACUCCACAAAGACAAGAGAGGGAGGAGGAAGAGUUUGCAAGGAGAAAAUAAGAGAAAGAAAGCAGCUUUUUUUUCAAUUUUUAACAUCAGCAAACUGUGGUGGAUAUCAUACCUACAUCAAAAGAAAUCUAAAAGAACAAAAAGGAUUCGCUUUCUUCACAGCUUAAAGGAAAAUAUUAGCAUUUGUUUAGAGUUUUCUAUUUAUAUUCACCACAAACAAUUAUUGGAAAGGACUUGCGAGGUGUGGGAGGACUUCUUUUUUUUGCAGAGAGACAAAGAAGUGGUUUUGCAGGAGAAGAGGAAGGCUGCAGAGGAGAUGAACAUGCCCGUCAGAGGAGUCUGUUUCGGGGCAGGCAUGGGCAGGCUGGCCGGGCAGCCGCUCUGGAUGUGGGUGGUGAUGCUCUCUGCCCUGCUCAUGGGCAAAGCCAGCGCCUGCCCUGCCCUGUGUACCUGCAGCGGCACCACAGUGGACUGCCAUGGACUGGGACUCAAAACCAUGCCAAGGAAUAUCCCCCGCAACACUGAAAGACUGGAGCUGAAUGGGAAUAACCUCACACGCAUCACCAAGAGUGACUUCGCUGGACUCAAGUUCAUCCGAGUUCUGCAGCUGAUGGAGAAUCAGAUCACUGUGAUCGAGCGAGGAGCUUUUGAUGACAUGAAGGAGCUGGAGAGGCUGCGGCUGAACCGUAAUCAACUGCAGCAGCUUCCUGAGUUGCUGUUUCAGAAGAACCCUGGCCUGUCUCGACU